AUGGCAGUAUCUCGAGACAGGCUGAUGGCAUACUCAAUUUCCUUCAUUGUACACCCAGAAGCAUAUAUUUCAUUAUCAAUCUAUAUAAAGCCUGACAUAUAUUCAGCAGAAUCAGCAGGCUCCAUAGGUCGUGGAUUAUCAGAAGUUUACUCCUCAUUUAUGGUGAACAGCUUAGAAGCUCAGCGCAAACGUCUCCUAAGUGAUGAAGCCUACACAAUAUACCGUGCUUUAUUUUCUAUACUAGACUGUAUAAAUGAUGACAAUCUUCUCUCACAAAGCAUUUUGACGACUUUAGAUGGGAUUUUAGUUGAUGAUGUAUCGCAAUCUCAAGUCAUGUCGCAGCUGAUAGGAGGAAAGGAGUCCUUCAAUAUUCUGACCACGCUAAUUAGGUAUGCAAGCACUUAUAAAACUGCUCCUAUAGCAGUUGAAGCUGCAAGUCAUAUUUUAGCUAUACUUUUAGGUGAGCAGAUAAUUAAACUGAGAAACAGUGCUGGGGAUUAUUUAAAUCAGGCUUCAAGACUGAUAGACUCUUUGAUAAAUCAAGCCAUGGACAAUACUUUGCAAUUAGAUGCUGUUACUUAUUGUUUGAUGCCUUUAUUGAAAGUUGAGUCCCUUAGGCUUGAGUUUUUGAGAAUAGGAGGGAUAAGGACAGUUUUAUUGCCUUUACUAGAGCAAAAAUCUGGAGUGCCUCAGCCAAUGUAUGCAGCUAUUUGCUGCUUAUGGAUGGUGUCAUUUAAUGAAGAAUCCAUUGAAUACUUCAUCAGAAGUGACUACGACUUAAUUCCAAAAAUAAUAAAAGAGCUGAAAAGGACUGAAAAAGAAAAAGUCAUCAGAGUAGCUUUAGGGACCCUCAAAAAUUUAUCAGAUGCUGGAGAAUCUGCAAUUGAAAUUAUGAUUGACAGCAAGCUUAUAGAAAUAAUAGAUAAUCUGUCAAAAAGAGUAUUGAAAGACCAAGAUAUUGUAGAGCUCGUCAAAGGCAUGGGAGAUACUUUAGAAAGAUCGGUAAAAAUUUUAUCAUCGUUUGAAAAAUGGCUCAAAGAGCUUGAAAGAGGUGAUUUGGUCGCUGGGGUCACCCACACAGAAGCGUUUUGGAAAGAAAAUGCAAGACAUUUAGAAAAUGACAGCUUUGGGGCUGUUAAAAAGCUUGUAAUGCUAUUGCAUUCUGAGAACCCAACAUGUAUACAGCUGGCAUUAAAUGACUUAGGAGAAUUCGCUAGGUUUCAUCCAUAUGGAAAAACAGUUGCGUCAAAAUUAGGUGCUAAAAAUCGUGCUAUGGAAUUAAUGCAACAUCCUAAUCGUGAGGUGAAUCAAGCUGCGUUACUAUGUAUACAGAAAUUGAUGAUUCAAAAUUGGCAGAGUAUAGCUUAA